AUGUACAAGUUUUCUUGUGUGUGCCAAAACUAUCACGGAUUCCUCUGUGUGUCUGAGAACGAUUUCUAUUUUACUUCUUCACUGUUUAGGGUGAACUUAAAGUGGUCUAAUGUCAAGAGCGUCUUGCUAGACGUAAAGUAUGUUAAAAACACCGCAACGAGUGUGCUUGUCAUCAAACUGCAUCAGAUACCAAUUUCUAUACAGAAUAAUCCUGAAAUUAUGAAGAGGCGUAAAUCGCCACAGGCUUACAUUUUCUACGGUUUUCAUGAUCUCAUUAGUGUUGAAGAGCAUAUUAAGCAUUGCUGGAGGGCUUCUGGGAGUACAAGCCUCAGCACAUUCCAAUUAUCAAAGGAUGAGGAUGAGAGUAACGAUAUCCAAGAGGAAGCAACAUCCAUUGAGCUGGUCAACACACGGUCAUCUUCGCAAGCUGAAAAUUAUUUAAGUACCUCUUCGUCUAAACCGAUGAAGCACUAUUCAAUAUCGAAGGUGCCAACCCUCACGGCAUAUCCGGGGUCUGAUCUGCGGCCGUCGGCAGUUUUUACGAGCCAAAUUUUAUUUAGCCGUCGAAAUGUUUCACCACAGGACCUUUCCGAAAAGAUGCCUAGGCGUCAAGAGCAGGAGUUUAUCUCAGUAUUUCACAAUUAUGGGGUUAUUUUAUUGUCAAAGCUAUUUCUCUGUUUGUACUUGAUAAUUUUUUUUCUAGUUUUCAUCGCGGGGAUUUAUAUAUACUUCUCGACGCAAAGUGGGGGGCAUAAUCUAUUUUUAGACACACAACACUUGUUUGAGGAGCUGGAGGUGACGAAGGAAAACUACAGAAGAUUGAACAAGCACACAUCCAUUCGUGGCCAGAAGACAACACAUAGCGAUGUACUAUUUCCCUUUAAAGACAGCAGCAUAUUGUUUAAAUCGUUAGACAAGAUUGUAGAAGCGCUACUCCGCAAGUAUGUUAAAUUACAAUUAGAGAUGAUCGAUCUAAAGCAGGGACAUAUGGAACGUUCACCUUUAUUGACCCAUGAAUCAGAAUCCAGAACAUUGUUUCAGUCAAAGCAAUUUUAUGAGACCGAUUCAUCUGCGUUUAUCACCAAAGAUAUCGCCAGUGUGAAAUUAGUGCUCAGAACAGCCCAUAUUUAUAAGAAGUCUCCUCAGCAGUUUAUGCAUACUCGUCUUAGAGGAGUUUUCCAGGGAUGGUAUUCGUCCUUAAGGAGCUUUCGUAUUUUUUAUCUGUUUAGUACGCACCAAGGAAGCCGCUUUCAGCGGGAGGAGGAUCUUGACCCUUCAAAAGGGCGAGUGCGGUAUACCGAAUCAUUUUUUAACGACUAUGAGAUCACGCAAUAUGUCUCACCUGAGGAAGCGAAUGAAAGAAUACAGUGCCUUCGAAUUUCAAAUGAGCUUCUCAAAAUCAGUGAUUUAAUCGAAGAACUCUUUUUCCGUGUUAAUUCCCUCUUCCUUCCUUGGAGCUACGAAGACUACCCUUUUAGCCCGGGAAAGCCGCAACAUUGGAAUGAGAGUGGGGCCACCAAUGGCGUCCACACACCCUAUAACUUCAAACGUGAGCUUUUCGACCCUUAUUUUUCGACAGAUGACAUUUUACAUAUUAUGUUUUUACGACGAUAUGCUGAUAUCGUUCGGUAUCUGAAUCCACUCGAGUCAAAUGAGUACAAAAGACGAGAGGAUGCCGCCGCUGCGGCCUAUAAGGCUGUGCUACUGAAAGAGCACAAAGUAAAGCACUUAAACGGCAUGAAUCGUACCGUGAAGGAUAUUCUGUCUUUGUUUUCAAGCGUUGCAGUCGAUGCUCCAACAGAAUUCGGUGCGUUGAAGGAUGGGGAAGGCAUUAAUAUUGUUUUGGGAAUGUUGCGCAACCUCCUGGCCGAGUUGCAAUUCUGGGAUAACGACAAGGACCUCUGGGACCUCCAUCUCUUGACUUCUCUUACCAACGAACAAAAAAAACAAUUUUUUAAGGCAUUCCAUACAGUACGCUCACAGACGCAGGCAACUGGUAACCACUCAUCAGGAUUAGCAUCGGACUAUCUGAAGAAUGUUUUGGCGUCCGUUUCGAAUUUUUCUCAUUUGCGGUAUCUUCCAAUCUUCAAAGGGCAGUUGUGCUUUUCACAAAAGCCGAAUUUAUGGCCAACCGCUCCUAAGAAGUUUCCUCAAUGCAGCACCUCAGUGAGGUUGCCUUAUUCAUUUUUGUUGAAUACGUCAUCAUUAAGAAAUCACACACAACACCGUUUUAAUCAUCUUGAUGAGGAGGACUUACCGGGUGACGAAGCACCUUUAAAGAAUGCGUACCACAAUAUUUACAAUCCAAAUCAUGUGGAUGCAAUGGUUGUUAUUCUGAAGGAAAGGUGGUUGGAUGAACUAGCUGCGUUUUCUACGCUUUUCAAGUCCAAACUGGUAGGUUCUUCAUAUACUAGGAAUUUUGCAUAUAUGGACGCUGAUACUGACGCAUCUCGGGAGCUUUCCGCCUUGGCGAUGCGUUUAUUUAAUAUUUUUGAUCGAAUUGGCUACUGGUAUAUUACCCCACUAUAUCAAAGUCGACGCUUUUUUAAAUGGCCGUCGUUUAUAUCUUUGAUUAUCCGAUGGCUUUUUGGAACUUCACAGGUAGAAUACGUAGAAGCCGCAGACCCCUUUGCGGAGUUAAGAAAGGCGCAGAUUACGAAAAUUCCAUGGGGAAACAACAGUGACGUUCCGUUCCAUAUGAUGCAAGACUUUCUUUUGCGCCCUCCUGGCCUUUUAAAAGCCAAAAUACAUUGUGAGAGGCAAGUUUUCGUUAUUUGGGUUGUUGUGAUAAUUGGUGUUGUAGUGCAAUGUAUUGCCUUUUUGGUCCUUUAA